UCUCUCCUCCUGCUCAGACACCGCCCCCCGACGUCUCUCUCUUGACUGCUCUCUCCUCUCUCUCUCUCCAUCUCUCUCAAUUCGCUCUAUCUCUUCUCCCCGUUGCGCCGCAGCUUGUCGUGCACUGCCGCUGCCAAGGCCUUGCUCCACAGGCUGAGCCGCUGCAAUUCCUUGCCGUCGUCGGUUGCAGCUUCGUCACGCUGCUCCUCCCGAGCACGAGCACGCCGCCAAGCCACUCCACCGUGACACUGUAUUAACUCGUCGACACGGACGCCGCUUUGCCUCGCCGGUGACGAUCGAUAUUUGCUUGGUGCUGUUGUGAGGAAAUUUAGAGAAGUUGAAAAGUUCAGAUGACUUUUAUGGUUGACAGUUGAAAUAAAUGGCACGUGACAAGAUUAUAAGAGAAAUGUGAGAUAAGUGUCAGGUGGCAAAUGGAUUGGUGAUAUUUUAGAGAAUAUUUAAUGGUUAAAAGGGUUCACCCCCGGGCUUCCAUCUGCAACAACACUCACAAACAAAAACCUACCUCACGGCCCAUGACCACUGCGCACAGCCCCACUGACAGCUAGCACUGUUUAUUCUGCAGUACAUUCACCAGCACACCUUUGAAUCUUUUUGAACACCAAGGAACCUGCGUCACACCAACUUCAAGGGAAUCUCUUUCUACCCUGUAGCUGUCACGAAACCCGUUUCUGGAGCUUUAUGAAUCGCCUGUUUUAGUGAAGUAAUUAAAACAAGGAUGUUUACCAAUGAACAGAGACAAGAAGAGCGAACGGGAAGAUAUGGAACUCCAAGGCUGCAAUAUCUUCAAGAAUUGGUAAGCCAGUUUCAGAGUUCUACUGAUGAAGAAACAAAAGAGAAAAUUGGUGCUAACCUGGCAAACUUUGCUUAUGACCCUUACAAUUAUAAAUUCUUGCGCCAGCUCAAUGUUUUGGAGCUUUUUCUUGAUUGCAUAACGGAACCCAAUGAGAAGCUUGUGGAAUUUGGGGCUGGUGGGAUAUGCAAUUCCUGCGCUGAUCCAUUGAAUGCUGCAAUUGUCAGUCAGUGUGGUGGGAUUCCUCUUAUUGUUCAAUGUUUAUCAAGCCCUGUUAGAAACACUGUGAACUAUGCACUUGGGAGUCUUUAUUAUCUCUGCAACGCAUCUAACAGGGAAGAAAUUUUAAAGCCGGAAGUGAUUGACCUCAUCAGGAGGUAUGCUGAUGCUGAAGCGGUUAGUGUCAGCUUUAGUAAUUUGGCUAAGGCAUUUUUGGACAAACAUGUUAGAACGAGUGAGACUUAAUAAGCCUGCUCUCCCCUAAUGAAUCUUUCAAUGACACCACAAUCAUAUGGAAGAUUGGUUCUAAAUUCA